AUGUCGACGACGGCGCUUCCAAGCACGAUGCGAGCCCUCUUGCACAACCAGAAGACCCAAUCGCUCAGCAUCGGUACGACACCCCUCCCGACGCCAUCCCCGACUCAAUACCUCGUCAAGACACAUGCCGUGGCCCUCACGAAUGGCGAGCUUCUCUGGCCCCGUCCCGAAGAGCUCACCAUCUCGACCCCGGGCGUCGAAUUCGUCGCCAAAGUGGUGACAUCCCCGUCUGGGACCGCAAAGUUCCAACCUGGCGACGAAGUCUACGGCCGCGUGCAGUAUCCCAACCCGGGCGCCGCCAGAGAAUACACACUCUCAGACGACGGGGAACUCGCUCUCCGUCCGAAGAACCUCUCCGUCACCGAAGCAGCCACCGUCCCCGUCUCCGCCCUGACCGCGUGGCAGGCCCUCUUCGAGCACCUCAACCUCUCUCCUCCACCAUCCCCGGUGUCAUCGUCGUCUAACGCGACCCCAGAAACAGCCAACGGAACCGCACAGAAACGCAUCCUCAUCACCAACGCCUCCGGGGGCGUCGGCAUCUGGGCCGUCCAGCUCGCCAAGCUUGUCGGCCUAUACGUCAUCGGCACGACGGGCACCCAGAACGUCGACUUUGUCCGCUCCCUCGGCGCCGACGAAGUCCUCGACUACCGCCAGACCAACAUCCAGAGCUGGGUCACCGAAGCCGAAGCCCCCCACAGCCGCAAAGUCGACUUCCUCUUCGACUGCAUCGGCGGGUCGUCCCUCGCGCAGGCGUGGCAUGCCGUCAAACCGCACGGGCAGGUCCUCUCGAUCGUGCCGCCUGCGGAUAUGCAGUGGAAGUGGGACCUCGAGCGGCCCGAGGGCGUUGAUGGCAGCGUGACUGGCCGGUUCUUCGUCAUGCACCCUAGUGGCGAGCAGUUGGGUGAGAUCACCCGGUUGGUGGAACUCGGCAAGCUCAGGCCCGUCGUCGACAGUGUGUAUGGGCUGGACGAGUUCGAGGGGGCCUUUGACCGGUUGAGAAGCGGGAGGACGAGGGGCAAGGUCGUGCUGAGAGUUGAUGAUCUGGAGUAG